AUGGCGGAAGCGAAUCAGGCGUGUAUUUUCUGUCAGAUCGUGCGCAAUCCCACUUCCACUCGUCUUCUCCACACCGAUGAUAAGGUCGUUGCGUUUCAAGACAUCAAACCCGCAGCUCAGAGGCACUAUCUGGUAAUUCCCAAAGAACACAUUCCAACUGUGAGAGACCUUCAGAGAAGAGAUGAAGACUACUCACUCGUAAGUCACAUGCUAAGUGUGGGACAAGCACUGCUGCAGACAGAUGCACCUCAAACCAUACAUAGGUUUGGUUUUCACCAGCCACCUUUUAACAGUGUUGAUCAUCUCCAUCUCCAUUGUUUUGCAUUACCUUUUGUGCCCAGAUGGAAAGCCAUCAAGUACAAGUCUUUGGGACCUUUUGGUGGUUUUAUUGAAGCAGCAACGCUGCUGGAGAAGAUAAGACCUCACCGUUCUUUACCUUCAAAGGGGAGGUAUUGGUCGCAGUGCAUGAGAUCAUCAUCACCAGACUCCUGCUUAACUGGUGCAGAUGUGUUCAUGCAACAGCAUAGUUAUCUGCAGAACAGCACUACUGUUUCUAAGAUAUGUUUUUCUGAGAUCAAGUAA